AUGCUUCUUACAAAUCACUCGAAGUUAUUUACAUUCUUGGCUCUUAUUUUUAUUUUUUACCUUUCUUUACUUUCUGUUACUUUCGGUCACGAUCAACACCCUGAUGCUAAUAAACCUUGCCCAUUAGCUGAAAAAUGUCCUUAUUAUAAAGCUGUUCAAUCUGGUGAAAAGCUUGAAGAUAUUGAUUGGACCACCACCAAAUGCCCUGCCGCUGAAAAAUGUCCUUAUUUUGAGGAUGUUAAGAAAAAGGCUGAAGCUAACGAUGGAAAAUUGCCAUCAUUUGAGAAGGGUUGUCCCUAUGCCGAAAAUUGUCCACAUGCUGACAAACAUCAUAAACAUUCUAAAGAUGGUGAUGAAUCAAAAUGUCCUUAUAUGAGUGGUGAUAUGAAAGGUUGCCCCUAUUUAAGUGGAGAAGGAAAAGAAGACAAGGAUGCCGCUGCUAAAUGCCCACACUUUCAAAAGAUGAAAGCGGAGAAAGAAGCUGCGGAGGCGGCAGCUAAAAAUAAAGACGAAUUAUAA